CCAGCCGUAGUUGUAAAUAAUAAUUAUUUCACCUCCGGUAAAUCACUACUGUACCAUAAUUACACCGUCGUCGGCGGGAAAUGAUCGACGACGACGGCGUUUGAUUUCGUUAACGCGCCAAAACCACGGCACCUAAAGCCGUCAUCAUCUCCGAAUAAUUCUUCGUAAAAUUAUUAUUAUAUAACAAAUACCUCUUGUUAAUCGCGACGCGUCGUGUUUUAUUGGUACACGCCGUACGAUUUUGUACGUCCACACUCCGUCCACGUGUUAAUAGCCGAGUACGGAUUUGAAAUUUAAAAAAAUACACAAAUGUACGUAUUAUCGAACAUUCAGACCGUAUAUACUUGAAGAUGAUUGGGUGUCCUUUGGUCCAUUAAGAAAAUUGGUGAAAAUAUCAUUUCAAUACACUUGUAGGAAUAGCAUAUAGAUGAUUUUUUCACCGGUAAACGCCGCCAUGGACUCGAUAACGUCGAUUGGCAAUAACCGGGACGGGGAUGGUUACCGGAAAAAGUACGGUCCCAAGUCGACCGAUUCGCUAACCUUCUCUAUUGCCCGCAUAAUGGAACCGGACGUGCGGAAACAGCCUAACGCACCAACGACCGACUACUUUCACGCACUUGAAUCGGCGUUUAAGAAAUACGUGCCGGCGUUCAGGUCCAUUCCACUGCAAUCCUCGCACUGUGCUGUCUCCGCCAACGAUGGACGGACACCGCUGACCGUCAACAAUAACGACCGUUAUCUGUCAACGACGAUGACGACGACGACGACGGCCGUACAGCUGUUUCACUAUCAGCAACAACCCAAGUUGCCGUUAGCCGCGGUAGAUAGACUGGCUCAUUCCUGUUCACAACCGCCCCCGCCGUCAUCCGAACUUCCGGUGCUCACUUCACUUCCUGUACUUCCUACACUUCCGGUGCCGCCACCGCCAUCGCAUCAGAUGACGCUCGGGCGACUCGCCGCAUCCAAAUCCGUUCUGCCACCGUCCAGCGCCAAGGAAUCGUCGCAAGCUGUCACCCCUGUUACACCGGUUAAGACGUUUACAUGCAACCAUUGCGGAAAAGUGUUCUACGCUCAUUACAACCUGACGAGACACAUGCCUGUCCACACAGGCGCUCGGCCGUUCAUUUGCAAGGUGUGCGGCAAAGGUUUCCGGCAAGCGUCCACGUUGUGCCGUCACAAGAUCAUACACACCGAAGAAAAGCCGCACACAUGCGCUAUUUGCGGUAAGGCGUUCAACAGGAGCUCGACGCUGAAUACGCAUACGCGGAUACACGCCGGGUACAAGCCAUAUACGUGCGAAUAUUGCGGUAAAGGAUUCCAUCAAAAGGGCAACUACAAGAACCACAAGCUCACGCAUAGUGUGGAAAAAGCGUACAAGUGCACCGUGUGCCAUAAAGCUUUCCAUCAGGUGUACAACCUGACGUUUCACAUGCACACACACAACGAAAAGAAGCCGUUCACAUGUCACGUUUGCGGCAAAGGAUUUUGCCGGAACUUCGACCUCAAGAAACACUUACGCAAACUUCACGACGCACCUUAUCCGCAGCACCAGCCCGCAACAGUCGCGCCGCAAGCUACUGCAGCCGCAUUGACGGCACAGCCGCCUUUGCCACCGCCGCCGCAGAACAUCCGCCACGGCCUUGGCACGUGCGUGCCACCGUACCAGCCGGUCCAGGCUGAAUCCCACAGGAAUGCAAUCAUGUCACAUAACUCGCCGCACCAUUACUGAUUCCCGACGGAGGCUGGUUAGGUGAGGCUGUCGUCCGUGUAUAGGGCAAACAUUAUAUUUUAUACGUCGCGUAAAAUA